AUGCAAAUAUUCGUUAAAACACUCACUGGUAAAACAAUCACUCUCGAAGUCGAAUCAUCAGACACUAUUGACGCUGUAAAACAAAAAAUUCAAGACAAAGAAGGUAUCCCACCAGAUCAGCAAAGAUUAAUUUUUGCCGGAAAACAAUUAGAAGACGGUCGUACUCUUUCAGACUAUAAUAUUCAAAAAGAAUCUACCCUUCAUUUGGUUCUUCGUCUUCGUGGUGGUAUGCAAAUUUUUGUCAAAACACUUACCGGUAAAACAAUAACACUUGAAGUCGAAUCCUCUGAUACCAUCGAUGCCGUUAAACAAAAAAUCCAAGACAAGGAAGGUAUUCCACCAGAUCAACAAAGAUUAAUUUUUGCCGGAAAACAACUGGAAGAUGGUAGAACUCUUUCCGAUUAUAAUAUUCAAAAAGAAUCUACACUUCAUUUGGUUCUUCGUCUUCGUGGUGGUAUGCAAAUUUUUGUCAAAACACUUACCGGUAAAACAAUAACACUUGAAGUCGAAUCCUCUGAUACCAUCGAUGCCGUUAAACAAAAAAUCCAAGACAAGGAAGGUAUUCCACCAGAUCAACAAAGAUUAAUUUUUGCCGGAAAACAGCUGGAAGAUGGUAGAACUCUUUCCGAUUAUAAUAUUCAAAAAGAAUCAACCCUCCACCUUGUCCUUCGUCUCCGUGCGUAA